AUGAUUCAUCUGAGCGCCGCGGUUGGUGCCAUGGGCUGUUUUGACUGUUUCUGCGACGGCACCACAGUCACUCAUCCAGAGUGCCAGAUAAGCGUUCACGUAAGAGCCGCUAUCGGGGCCUAUAAUCAGGCCCAGAUCUCCACCGCGGCCGGAUCCGCGCCGAGGCCCUCCCAAAUCACCAUCCGUGGCGGUCGGCCGGUGGCUCGGCAGCUCCCCGGAGCCAUGUCGCCCUCCACAAACGCAGACGGCAACCUCGCCGCUCCAGAACAUCUGACACAACACCAACACGACUCCCCCGCACCCCAUCCGCGACGGCACAGGCCAAGUCUCCGAAACGCUCUGGGGAUAAAAAAUGAUCCUCAUUUGGCGUUUAUCUUGAUUAGAAGCUAUGAAAAAAUGAUGGCAUCAAGGAGUCCCAAGGCCUCAACUCCUAAAACCACUACUGCGACUGGUGAUCUCCCGAGUUCAAUCAGUCCCGUAGAAUCUGACCGGGAUGACUUAUCUGUGGCAGGGGUGCAGCCUUUUAUAGAGGAGAAAGAGCUGGAGGUUUUGGAGAAAAGACAUUCAGAUCUUUGGUUAAACGAAAAACGGGCAAACAAUCUAGAAGACAGUGUGUAA